UCAGUAAACAUGUGUGAGCGCAUUUAGUGCUUUAGACUUUACUUGCUUAACGAUAUUUUGUGUGGUUUAAAAACGCGAAGCGCGGUUGCUAAUUAACAACAACCAAACACGACCGGCAUUAAGUAGUGAAUAAAGUGAAUUAAAUUGCGCGUGUUAUUAGUUUUUGUGCACAAAACCGACUGCUGUUUGUAACGCGGCGUCUAAUUAUAAAAACGGGUUAUAAACAGUUUUCCUUCUGCCUAUGCGUGCUAUUGUUAUUGUUGUGUGAAAAUACGGACAAAGUGCAAAGUGAUGCGACGUAAGGACUGCAUUUGAACGCGAAAAAAUUUGUGUAUAGCCAUUAGUCUGAGAAACCGAGUACCGCGCGCUUGUGAAAAUAAAAUAUUUUUCAAUAAGUUAAUAAGCAGCGCUAUUAAGCGCCUUUGUUUUAACUGUCGUGCAAAAAGGUUCGUGUGAAUGUAGCGUGCGCGCGCGAAUAACAACCGCAACAACAACAACAACCUGUGUUUAAGUAAACGUCAGGCAAAUUAAGUCAGUGAUUUUACCUGUAAAACGGACGUGUGACAAGACGCGCCGCGGCACUGGCUUAUUAGAGAGCCGCGCAACUUGUGGCGCCACCAGUUAAUUAUUGUAAUUAUGUGCAAUUAUAAGAAUAUAACACUGUUAUAUAACUGUAAAAUCUGCGCGCGCUUAUAUUUUUAAAAGUAAACCACGCGCCUUUCAAGUCAGUAAGGCAGUUAUUGUAACGCGGCGCGCUACCGAAAAUAAUAAAGUAAUAAACAACAGCGUUGCAACUGUUAACUUAAUUUAUGGCAACUGCGUAUGCGUACGCGCGUGCGUCCAGUGUACCGCACGCAUGUUAUUAACACUUUGGCUGCGUAACGUUUUUGACACGCGCGCGCAUCAAUUAGUUUUUCGGCGUAUUAUUAAAAAUAUAAACGAGCCGUGCGAAAGCAUGAGCGUAAAUUGCUGAUAAUAGUAAGUGUAAUUGGCUUUUCACCACAAAACGAUGAUAAGACAAAUAGUGGCACGCGUACUUCCAAACGCUCAACAUUCACGUCUUGCCGUUCAAAUAACAGUGUCUAUGCAUCUUCAUGUCAUAUUUUGCGAACGCAACGCGCGCCAUACUGCACUUGCUGCUGUUGUGACUUCGACUGCUGCUGCUGCCAUCAGUUUUCCCCAGUAAUGUGUUAUCGUUGCAUGCGCCCGACUGCAGUCAUCCUGUGUUCAGCCGCUGCGCGCAUUUAAGACGAUACCGUGCGCAUUUUCCAUUCAUUCACAAAUCAACCGUCGUGCGCUAUUGUCAGCUGCUCGGCUGCCGUUUACAUUCACAAAACGUUUUUCUUCGCCUUUCUCAUUUCGAAAUCGCAAGUCAUUCAUGAGACGCGUCGCUCGCCACACGCGCGUACGUUCUUAGUGCAUUCGCAUAAGCUGAUUGUCAGCAGUGAUUUUGCGACAAGUGAAAUGAAAUAAAUGCAUCAAGCAAAUCGCUAUCGCAAAUGCAAGACGGAAUAAAUUUAAAUGCAAAAUGCAAUUCAAAUGGCCAGCAAAAAAAAAAAAAUAAAAAUAAAUCAAUUUUUUUUAAUGCAAAAUUAAAUAUAUGUAUAUGAAUGCGGAGUAUAAUAAUCCCAACGUAAAUCGUAAAAAUUCGUCGUUGCUCUCACCGCGCGCUGUAAUUAACGGUUAUAAAAUUGAUGGAAUGUGCUUGUGUGAGUGAUAAUGGCAUUACAAUCGGUUUUAUGAAAAACGCAAUUGCACGAAUACACGGCGAAAAAAUUAGUGUACAAAAAGAUCCACAGUCGGUCAGCAAAGUGUGCGCCCGGGCGCUUGGACAGCAACGCGUACACGUAGCCACGCACAUUUAUAUGCAUGUGGCACAUCCGAUAGCUAUCUACGCACUCGCAAAACACAAAUUAUACGUGUAAACAACGCGUGGACAUACACACUCACACAUAUACUCGCACUGAUACAAGCGCCUCUGCAAAAAAAGCGUCAACGAUUUGCGAACGGCCGGAUCAACAGCAACACAAAGGCCAAGCAGACAACCCCCCGGCCACUAGCCACCAGCCAACAGGCAGCCGGUCAGCCACAUAGCGCUAGCUAGCUCAACAGCUCGACAACGGCGGGCGGAAAGCGCUUUCGAGUGGCGCAUACAAAACUUGGGAUUGCCCGCGUGUCUGUGACUGCCGCGGGGCGACCACGGCGACGAAGUCAAUUCAAACUGUAGCAGAUAUCAAUCCACAUGCUGAGCAUAAUUAAUUUGCCGCACGUCAGUUGAGUCGGUCAGCGGUAGUGUGCGCGCAGCCGACACACCUACAAACAUACAAACGCGCCGGCUGUAACACAGACAGACAAACUAUAGACAGUUGUUUGUGUGUGUGGCGUUCGCUUGCUGGCAGCGUCUGCUACUGUUCCUCAACGCUUCAAUGCGAACAAGUGUACAUACAUAUGUUUGUACAUAUAUGUGUGUAGCGCAGUUCUAAAGCAUUUCCAUGCAUUCGGUUUUAUUGGAGCGCAGCCGCUACCGUUGUCUGUAUGUAUGUAAAAUUGCGCGCGCUUGCUCUGAAUAAUGUCAAUACACACAUACAAAGCUAUAUAUUACAUACAUAGGGUCAGGCGUUAAUAUAUGUAUGUGUGCGUAUGCAAAUAUGCGCGGAGUGCGUACCGAUCGCUAUUCCACAACUGAAUUCUGCAUGCAAGUAUUAUAUGCUAUAGACGACAAAAAGUAUAAAUAAUAAUAAUAAUAAUUAAUGUUAAAAUAUACUAAAAACAACAAAAACAACAAAUGCCAAACGGUUAAAACUGUCCACCUCGCAAUGCUACCGUCUCCAUGCACCACAACUGAUUACAACGUUCUAAAGCUGAUUCGAAAUAAUGUAUAUGAGAAUAUCGCUACGGUUGUUGAAAUACGUUUUCGAAAAAGCAGAAAAUUCCGGUUCCUUCAACGCAAUCAGUAACACGUCGCUAUGGAGUUUUUAAAACAGCAACAACAACGAAAUCACAACACACUGAAAUGUAAUACCUAGACGCUCGCCAGUAUUGCUGCAAAACCUGAAACCUUGCUGAAAUAAAUUAAAAGCAAAUCGAAAAAUACGAAAACAAAAACAAAGAAAAAAUCCGUAAGGCAAGUGAAUAAAAUAAUAAAAGCAAAAACAAAAAACACUUGCAAUGAACAAGGAAAUGCGAAAAAGGCAAAAGCCACAACGACGGCAAUAUGCAAUUAAAACAGCAACAAAGCGCACACCACUCGCACUAACUGCAACAACAACAACGGCAAUAACAGCAACACCAACCCAUGUGACAGUGAACAACGAAUUCGUGCGCACAAUGGCAAUUGUUGCAGAUAGCGCCGAUAGCGUUGCUGUUGUUGUUGCCAACGACAAGCAAACUCAAAGUUGCUGCGCCAACAACAAGCAAUGCUGCAACAACUGCCGGCAACAGCAUCUUCGGCCUACACAAUCGCUUACACUGUCGCCGCAGCAACAACAAUCACAACAACAACAGCGUCAGGGAUGUGAGCAUCAUGUACAACGCCAUCUGCGGUCAUGGUCGGGACAGCGGUCAAAGUUCAGCGCCUGGUUGCUAACAACUGUGUUCAUCGUGGCCAUUUGCCUGGUGCAGAGCGCGCAUACGAAUCUCUUGUUUGGCAAUCUGUUAUCGUGUUCCAAUGAAGGUGAAGUGGUGCAAAUUACGGAUUUGAAAAUAACUUCAAAGUGUUAUCAGUGUACCUGUAAGAAUGGAUUCGUAAACUGUGAAAAAGGAAGCUGUCCACCGAUUGACGAUUGCUAUUUAUUAGAUCCCAAACCGCGUGACACAUGUUGUAAAAAAUGCAAAGGUUGUAUAUACCGUGGUAUACCAUACCCAAGUGGCUCUGAGUGGGCUGAUCCCGAAGAUCCUUGUAAGACUUACAAAUGUGUGGCCAGUGUUGUCACCGAAACGACAAUGAAAUGCUUCAAUCAGUGCGAUGAUGAACACGUCAUACCGCCAAAACCCGGUGAAUGUUGUCCGACGUGUCAAGGUUGCAAGAUCAACGGACAAGUGGUGGCCGAGGGUCAAGAGGUAGUCGGCUCGAUAGACGAUCGUUGUAUGGUAUGUCAAUGUGCGCAAAACGAGCUCACAUGCGCUAAGAAAACAUGUCCCAUACUCCAGUGCCCCAUCUCAAAGCAAACGCAGAAUCCCAAUGAAUGCUGUCCACGCUGUACCGAACAACGGGAAUUCAUGCCGGUGUAUGGCAAGUGCAUUUUCAACAACAAGGUCUACUAUGACAAGACGCAAUUUAUGCCCGAUCGUUGCACCAACUGCACCUGCAGCAACGGCACCUCGAUCUGUCAGCGCAACACCUGUCCCAUACUGGAGUGCUCGCCCGAGUAUCAGGAAAUGGACGGUUGCUGCCCGCGUUGCAUCAGCUCCGAGGUGCGCAACGAAUGCAUACACAAGGGUGUGACCUACAUGAAUAAUGAAACGUGGAAUUUAGGACCCUGCCGUUCAUGUCGCUGCAUUGCCGGACAAAUACGUUGCUCAGAGAUGCGUUGUCCGCCAUUGAAAUGUAACUCCAACGAAGUGAAGAAAACAUUGCCGGGUGAGUGUUGUCCGCGCUGCAUAGAGACGCCCGGUACAUGCACCGUCUUCGGCGAUCCACACUUCAAAACGUUCGAUGGCAAAUUCUUCAGCUUUCAGGGUUCAUGCAAGUAUCUGUUGACGGCCGACUGUCACGACAAGACAUUCUCCAUACGUUUGACGAACGAUGGACGCGGCACGAAACGUUCGUCUUGGGCGAAAACGGUAACGCUGAAGAUGCGCGGUAUGCGCGUCACUUUGGGUCAGAAAAUGCGCGUCAAAGUGAACGGUAGUCUUGUGAUAUUACCGUAUAGCGGUGCAACCGGCACGCCGUUUGUCAACAUCGAACGACUGGGCGAACACAUAAUGCUGCAAACCGAUUUGGGUUUGAAACUCGAAUGGGACGGCAACAAUUUCCUACAAGUGACCGCAGCGACCGCCUACAAAAAGAAGUUAUGCGGCCUGUGCGGCAAUUACAAUGGCAUCGGACGUGAUGAUCUCAGCAGCCGUGAUGGCAAUAAUCACACCGACAAAGAGGUAUGGCGUUUUGCCAACUCCUGGAAGGAGGGCGGACCGAAAGCAUGUUCGCGACGUGUGGAGAAGAUAUCGGCGCGUCCCAAUUGCAAGGAGCGCAAAGCGAACGCCGCCUGUCGGUGGCUGCGCGAAUCUGAAGUAUUCGGUAACUGUGAUAAUAGACUAAAUCCCAAUAACUAUUUUGACGCGUGCAAGAUGGACGUGUGCGAGUGUCCCAAUCGUAUGUGUCAUUGUGACAGUUUUGCGGCCUACGCGCACGAAUGCCGACGCCUCGGUGUCGAAGUGUCGGAAGAGUGGCGCAAGCGCACCAAAUGCCCGGCAGGUAUGUGGCGCCGCAAUGCAACCAAAAUGGCGCUGCUGCAGCAUCAUCAACACAUUAGCGACGACAGCGGCGGCGGCGGCGUCGUCGUCGUCGGAAGUGGUGUGCGCAGUGGCGUGCAAGCGCGUCGUCGCAAGCAUCACCAACAGCAAAAGCAGCAGGCACAACAACAACUGGAACGGCAGCUGCAGCUGCACGUGCCGAAGAGUCUGCUGGCGCACAAGUCGCCGAAUCGAACGCCGCCGCCGUUGCAUUGA